AUGCUAUUCUCCGCUGUCCUUGUCGGUCUCCUGGCCGAGGUCGUGGCCUCCGCGGCCUAUAGUGUCCCCGUUGAGAUGAUCGCGGAGGCCGAUUGCACAUUGCCGGCCCAGUACACGAUUGGCGACUUCACGACGUUUGGAGACAAGUUCAACGGCACCUCGAACACGACAACCUUCCACUUCACCGACUCUGCCACUGGCAUCGACACGAGCUGCCAGCGCAACUCAUCAUCCAAGUCUAUCACCCCCGGGCGAGGCUCGACACCACGCUGGCCUUGCGACAACAGCAACGUUGAGUUCAUCUACCAGGCCAACGGGCUCACAGUCAUCGAGGCUGCAUGCCCAGAAAGGGGAGUUAUAUAUGCCGGAAAGACCAUUGACGCUAGGCGGCAGCUGACAGGGGAAAAGCACAACUUCCACCAAGUUCGAGGCAGCUGGAACUACAGCUUUCAACCUCACCUGCACCAACAAAUACGACGGUACUUUCUGCACCUCGGCGCUGUCAACCGUUACAAACAACUUCACAAGCUUUGA